CAGGGGCUACCUUAAAUGACCACCUAUCUGGCAGUCAUUUGUUAUAAUACUUCAGCGGCACAUCACCACAACAUCGUCGUAAUGAAGUUGCUAAUCCUGCUCGCCUUCGUGGCGUUUGCCUACUCCCAAGAAGCUGCAGUCAAACCGGCAACAACGAAGCCGGGAUCCGGCGCUCAGAUUGGCAAAGAUAUCCUCGGGGCUGUUGGUAAAGGCUUGGACGAUAUCGUCGGCGGUAUCAAAGAGGAGAUGGACAAGGAUAGCUCCAAAUGGAUCAAAGAUGCUCUUGCUGGAAGCAGCAACUCUGCCAUACUCCUGGAAUUGUACGCCAAAAUUAAGAGUGGAGAAAUUGUCGUCCCGUCUCGCAAGCGCGGCCUCCCAACUAAAGAGGAACUUCUCGCGAAAUUGACUGACACGUACGAGCAUGUCAAAGAGACCAUAAAUGACGGAGCUACCGCAGCUGAAAGACUGUUCAAGGAGGCCCUGGCCAAGCUGAAAGAUGCUUAUGGCAAAGUCCUGGAAAAUGAGAAGGUCAAGAACAUUGAGGCAAAGGUCAAGGAAGCCAUUGAUGCGCUAACUGCCAAAGCUAAGGAAAUUGCUGGCAUCCACAAACGUGAGAGCCAAGUCAUUCGUACCCAACUUCACAAGAGGUUGGUAGAACACCUUUAUGCCCACCUGAGCCCCGAGAUGAGUGAAAGGGCGGCCAGGUCAAUCGGUUCUGUUAUUGACGCAGCAAUUGCUAAACUGGAGGAGAAAAUCCAAGCCAUCGUCGCAAAAUUUGGAGACAAGAGUGCCGAAUUCAAGGAAAAGUACCUCGACCCCCUACAGGUCAAAUUCGAAGAGAUCAAGAACUCCCCAGCCGUCCAAGAGAAACUUCAGAUCCUUGAUGACUUGUAUAUGGAUGUUAAGAACCUCGCCAACCAGCUGAUUUCUGGUGGAAUCAAGAAGAGAUCUAUUGGCUCUGCUAUUGACUCUGUCAUCGCAAGAGUGGAAGCGAGAAUCAGACUCCUCGCGGAAAAGCUCCAGGACAAAUACAGCGACGCUAAGGAAAGGUUCCUCGACCCCCUCUUGGCCAAAUUAGAAGAGUUGAAAAAUUCUCCCGCUGUUCAGGAUAAAGUCACACAAAUCUGGCAGCUUCUUGAUGAAGCGAAGGAACGGGCCAGGAAUCUCCUAUUUGGCGAGAGCAGGACCGAGAGAUCCAUUGGAUCAGCUAUUGAUGCCGCCAUUGCCAAAGUUGAAGAGAAACUCCAACUGAUUGCUGCCAAAGUUAACGACAAAACUGGCGAAAUUAAAGCGAAGUACAUUGACCCCCUCAUCGCAAGAUUCGAAGAGUUGAAAAACUCCCCAGCAAUCUCCGAGAAAAUCCAAGGGCUCCGUGACGUUUAUGCGGACGUCAAGGACCUUGCCAAGAAGUUACUUUUUGGUGAAGAUCACGAAAUAACUGAAAGCCUUUGAUGCCCGCCAUUGGCAGAGUAGAAGAGGAGACCUGUAUCAAGACCUUAUGGCAAUGAUCAGAGAAAUCGUGUAAUCGACAUCAUACAUGUACUACAAGAAAACAAUCGUUAUCACUUAGCAUUGAGAUACCUAUAUUUUACAUAUUAAACAAAAACCAGCAAA